AUGUCCUUGGCCAAGGCCUUCGAAGACCUCUUCAAGAGCUUCUAUGAGCUCCUUUCCUCCAUCUUCUCAACCUUUUACCAUGUCCUGCAGACCUUCCUCAACGCCAUCAUCGGCUUCUUCACCGGCAUUGUAAACUUGACAGCCGACGUCUUCUCGGGCGUGGUGGACGUCGUCGGUGGAGUGGGCAAGUUUGUCCUGGGCAACAUCGUCAUUAUUGGCAUCAUUGCCGCUGGUGGAUAUGCUUAUGUUCAUUACACGGCCCAAGGACGACAGGUUGCUGCUGGAAAGAAGUCCAAUUAG